GUCCCUCCCUCAUCACUGUAUAAAAACAAGACGUCCAGCAGAGACCAGUUUGUGACAGAACCUCCCCACCCCGCGCUCUCUGCUUCUCCAUCUCCCCGUCAUCUCACCGUCUGCUGCUGCUGCCAUGUUUGUCGCUCCUCCUGGAUACCAGCCGGUCUACAGCCCUAGUAUUCCCUAUCUGGGGCCUGUUUAUGGAGGCCUGAGGGAGGGAUCAUCCAUCUACAUCCAGGGGUCCAUACCUGAGAACAUAACCAGGUUUUUUAUGAACCUGCUCUGUGGACAGUCUGAGUCCAGCGACGUGAGCCUCCACUUCAACCCUCGCUUUGACGGCUGGGACAAGGUGGUCUUCAACUCUCGUCAGGAUGGGUCCUGGAAGUCGGAGGAGAAGAUUCGCGACAUGCCCUUCUCCAAAGGCAAGGGCUUUGAAAUGGUCGUCAUGGUUACGUCAAAGGGAUACCAGAUCAAAGUCAAUGGGAAAGACUUCCACACCUUCCAGCACCGUCUCCCAGUGGAAAGAGUUUGUGGGAUCCACAUCGCGGGAGACGUUUCCAUCCAGACGAUUAAUGUCAUCGGGGGAGCUCCAGGUGGCAUGAAUAGGUAUCCUGGAGGAAUGGGAGGUGGCAUGGGAGGAGGAAUGGGAGGAGGAUAUCCAGGUGGCAUGGGAGGAGGACAGGGUGGAGGAAUAUCAGGAGGAUAUCCAGGUGGCAUGGGGGGAGGACAGGGUGGAGGAAUGGGAGGAGGUGUGGGAGGAGGAUAUCCAGGAGGUGGCCCAGGGUGUGGACAUCCAGCAGGCAUGGGAGGUGGUAACGGGGGAGGAUUCCCAGGAUCAAACCUGCCGGGAAUGGGUGGCCAGCCAGUCUACAACCCUCCUGUGCCCUGCUCAAACAUGAUCCCAGGAGGGAUGUCCCCUAAGAGGACCAUCAUCAUCAGGGGGAUGGUACCCAACGGAGCAAACAGAAUGAGCAUCAACUUCAUGGUGAGCAGAUCUCGAGACGUCGCUUUCCACAUGAACCCCCGCGUGAGAGAGGGGAUCGUGGUGAGAAACAGCAAGAUAGGGGGUCACUGGGGCCAGGAGGACAGAGAGCUCAGCAUGAACCCCUUCAAGGAGGGACAGUACUUUGAUAUGUCGAUCCGCUGCGGGAAUCAGAGGUUUAAGGUGUUUGUGAACGGGCAGCACUUGUUCGACUUCUUCCACCGCCUGCAGUCCUUCAGUGAGAUCGACAUGCUGGAGAUUGAAGGAGACGUGCAGAUUUCCUACAUCCAGUUUUGAGAGCGCACAUUUCUACAAUAACUGAUGUACAGAAGUCACCUCUUCUCAGCCACUGCUUGAUCAUAAAUCCUAAUCAUACCUCGUCAUUGGUUGGGCAGGAUUAACUGAAUAAUUAUCAUGUUACCAACACAUUAUUAGCCACAUUAAAACAAAAGAAAUGAAUUCUAUCAUGUUGAUAAUUUUUAUUUCUUAUACAAAAUAUUGUAGGUAUUGUAUCAAAAUUUGUUUACAAAUCAUGACGAUAUAAAGGCAACUAUAGAUAUAUACAGUCUUCUCCCAAUUGAACACACCAGGAGAAUCACAAUCACACAUCACCUGUGACGAUGAAAACACUGGCUCUCUGAAGGCACUGAAGGUUAGGUGAUGAAAUUCAUAGAUGUAAGGCAGAAUGAGUCAUGAGGGAUUUUCACUUUUGCUGGAAUAUACUUUACAAGAUGUUUCUUUUCAAAGUCCAAACACGGUUCUUGGUAUGACCACGUUGUAUCAU